GCACACACUUUUCAGACUCAUCUUUACAACCUCUAAAAAUAACGACUUCACGUCAGAGACGACGAAAGGCGAUAGGGACAACAAUGGGCUCAAGACCCGUCUCCAUCGAAUAUCUCUCCUCGGGGGCCAACCGGCAGACCGCUGUUGCGGACUGGAGCCAAUGUGGGAUUUUGGCUUUUGGAGCCGAUAUUAACAUUGCGUUAUGGCGACCUUUGGUUAGUAUUCGAGUCACCUUGCUGCUUUAAUGUCAAUAUACCCUGCUUUACGCUUCUUUCUGGCAGACCAUCUAGGUGUUUUGGUACUAACAUAUGUGAAGUCGGAAUCUCCCAAGGGAGUCACAAAGCUGCUCAAUGGGCAUAAGAGCACUGUCAAGGCCUUGACGUUUCUCCCCGAAGGAGACCAGGAUGAAAACUCAUUUCUUGUUUCUGGCUCAGACGAUAAGACCGUGAUCAUCUGGAAAGCAUCUCGCAACAGUGAUGAAUUCAAGCCCAUCCACACCUCAACGGAGCACACUGCUGCUAUCAACUGUAUCGCUGCCUUGAGGAUCAAGGGGGCCCAGAAAUGGAUUAUCGCAACUGGAAGUGCAGAUGCCUCCAUAAAAUUAUGGAACCUCGAGAAUGAUCAGCUCACUCUACUCCAAAGCGUCAAGACGACACCCAAAUACUUCCCCAUGUGCCUAUCACUCAGCUACGCUGGAGAUGAAGACGAUGUUUUGGUGCUAGCAUCUGCUGGCACAAGAGAUAUCGUGCAGAUUUUCACAGCUGAGGUUAAGUCAGAAAAUGUUCAGUUCGACGUGCAAGCCACUUUGACAGGACAUGAGGGUUGGAUACGGAGCUUGAGCUUCGCCAAAGAGACAUGUGCCCCUGACAGUGAUCUGUUACUCGCCUCAGCGAGCCAGGAUAAAUACAUCCGUAUCUGGAGAUUCCAUCAGGGAAGAGAGCUGCCCGCUGCUGCUGCCAGUGGUUCAGACCCUUCCAGCGACGCAUACCUACCCGGAAAGUCACCCUCCAACAAGGCACAUCGUCUUCAGUCCGCCGGCAAGGACUUCUCCGUUACUUUCGAAGCACUUCUUUUGGGCCACGAGGACUGGAUAUACAGUGCACGCUGGCAACGACAGGAUGAUGACAAGCUACAGCUGCUCUCGACAUCAGCCGAUAACUCGCUCGCCAUCUGGGAAGCUGACUCUAGCUCUGGAAUCUGGGUCAGCAUGGCGAGACUUGGUGAGAUUAGCAGGGAGAAGGGUGCAACAACAGCAACUGGAAGCACAGGCGGAUUUUGGACGGGCUUGUGGUCUCCUGAUGGUAAAUCAGUAGCCUGCCUCGGCCGUACCGGUAGCUGGAGACGAUGGGAAUAUGUCCUCGCGGAAGACUUUUGGCAGCCAUGUGUAGCUAUUUCCGGGCAUACCAGAGCUGUUACAGGUAUAACGUGGGCCAAGAAUGGUGAGUAUCUUUUGUCAACAAGCUCUGACCAAACCACACGACUGCAUACACGCUGGGACAGACCAGGAAAUGAGACAUGGCAUGAAAUGUCCCGGCCUCAGAUUCACGGCUAUGAUCUCAACUGUAUUGACUCUGUGGGAGCUUCUCAAUUCGUCUCAGGGGCCGAUGAGAAACUCAUGCGUGUCUUUAGCGAACCCAAAGCUGUUGCCUCGAUGCUCAACCGUCUUGCAGGCAUCGGUGGUGGCAUGGAUGUUCAGAACAUGCCAGAUGCCGCCAAUAUGCCAGUCCUGGGACUAUCUAACAAGGCAAUUGAUGCCGUGGAAGAUGACCAAGAAAUUCAGCCCAUUGAUGACCGGGAUCGUGAGGCCAUGGAUCCAGCCUCGAUAGUCAAAAAGUCGCAUUUGGAGAUCGAUCACCCUCCUUUCGAGGAGACACUCUCAAGACAUACUUUGUGGCCGGAAACCGAGAAGCUGUAUGGACAUGGUUACGAGAUUUCUUGUCUCGCAGCUAGCCACGAUGGCACUCUCGUCGCCAGCGCAUGCAAAGCCAGCUCGACCAACCACGCCGUAAUUCGCCUAUUCGAGACAAAUCGUUGGACUGAGCUCAAGCCGCCUCUGACCGCACACUCUCUAACAGCCACCCGCCUUCGAUUCUCCUCUGACGACCAGUUCCUCCUAAGUGUAGGGCGCGAUCGCCAAUGGGCUAUCUUUGAGCGCGCCCCUGAGGAUGAAGCUGCGUACAAGCUCCUGCAGAUCAAUCCCAAGGGUCACACACGUAUGGUCCUUGACGCAGCGUGGGCGCCUGCGUCAUCUAAGGCGCCAGUAUUCGCAACUGCUGGCCGUGACAAGCAAGUCCGCGUCUGGGCCGCCAAACCUAAUGAAGAUGGAAAGCUUCAGUUCUCCCAGACAGCCUCCAUCCCGACUGCAUCCCCUGUAACAUCCGUCGAUUUUGUCCCUCAGGUUAUUGACGGUAGAUUUGUCUUGGCAGUUGGCACAGAACUUGGCCGACUCAGUCUUUGCCUAAUCAAGGAGGAUGGAACUGAUGUCACUGAGAAGCCCGCAUAUGAAGAUUACUGUUUGCCCAAGGCUGUUCACCAGCUUGCAUGGCGUCCUAUUGUACGAGAGGGGGCCGAGAGGCCAUUUGAGGUGGCAGUUGCAGGAGAGGAUAGUUCACUCAGAGUAUAUGCCUUCAGCCAGGCGUAUCUUCAGGUGUCUGCAGACCCAUAGAACCAAAAGUUAUGAUUACGACGUUACCAGAAAUUUCCUUCACAUCGAGACCAGCGGCUUGCUCAUCUUUGCACAGACCGAACAGUGGGAUGAACAGCGGGAUUAUUGGGUAAAAGUGUAUUAUCAUUACAGCCAUCUAUUGGCCAAAGUAUUGUAGAUCCAUGUCCAUUAUAUCGUAUACCAGAUGAAGCCCGAGCCAUCUCUCACGGACCUUUGGUUAAAGACCGGCUCUUACGACUCAUUUAUGCAGAGCCUCCUCCUCGUUACGAGGCCAUUUCGGUGCCAAUGUCCAGCAUGUAUGCAUUUCCAGAAUUUUUGCGUGAGCGAUCCUGUGCUGGAUUUUAUAGUUCUCUCACAACCGUCUCGACAGUCUCCUUAGUAACAUCUACGACACUUGCAGCUGUCCCGGACAGCGCGCUCGCAGACAUAUCUUUAACAGCUUCCUGCACCACCUCGGCAACGUCAAUGUGCUCUCCGUUGAUAUAGUACCAGGCGCGACCGACGAGGAAAGAGAUGUGAUGCGGGAGGUAAAGACAGGCGGCGAUGAAGGUCAAGCUGAAGAGCAGAAAAACAAUGGAGCCUAGGGCGAUGGAUUAGUCUUCUGAAGACAAUAACUUAAAACAUAUGGGAUUACAGAUAACAUACUGAAAAAGAACUUCUCCCAGGGCGUGAACAUGUACACACUGAAAGUGACCUCCAGCUGGUAUUGCUUGAGGCUCAACCACUUGCGAAAUGAUCCAAGAACGGCCAUUGUGUCGAAAUGAAGGGUCAAAAAUUUGUUGUUGAAUCGCAGAUAUCGGUAGCCGUCGUCGUAGAAUUGCCGCGUGCUGAAAUGAAUGGCUUGAAGUGGUAGAUCCAGGGGAAAGGUUGAGGCAAUGGAGAAUACAGGAUCAGGAUAAGGAUAAGGAUCAGGGAAAGGCCGGCCCUCCUUUAUCUGGGCUCCUUGUGCCUUUAUCGUACCGACGCUCCCGAAAAUUGGGUACCGG